ACUUUCCACAGCUCUUCCAUUCAUCCUGAAGCCAAAACCCUCUCACCUUCCUCUCUGUUCAGCCCCUAAAUCCACAACUCUUUUGUUCUCAACUUACAAACAAAGAUGAACAUCUGUUAGGUUAGGUCUCAAAUUUGAACCUUAAACUUUGUUUCAGAUAUGUCUGUUGCAGAGCUAAAAGAGAACCACAAAGCUGCAACUGAAACUCUCAAUUCUCUCAAACAACGGUUAAGAGAUAGAAGGAUUCAGCUUCUUGAUACAGAUGUGGCAGGUUAUGCAAGAGCGCAAGGGAAGACUCCGGUUGCUUUCGGGCCGACGGAUCUGGUAUGCUGUCGGAUUUUACAGGGGCACACUGGGAAGGUAUAUUCACUGGACUGGACUCCUGAAAAGGACCGUAUCGUUAGUGCAUCCACAGAUGGAAGAUUGAUAGUUUGGAAUGCUCUCACAAGUCAGAAAACACACGCCAUUAAACUCCCAUGUGCUUGGGUUAUGACAUGCGCCUUUUCUCCAGACGGUCAGUCGGUUGCAUGCGGUGGGCUCGAUAGCGCAUGUUCCAUCUUCAAUCUCAGCACAUCACUCAACAAAGACGCAAAUUUACCAGUAUCAAGAACGCUUAGCGGACACAAAGGUUACGUGUCGUGUUGUCAGUACGUUGUUGAUGAUGGUACUCGCUUAAUCACCGGUUCCGGUGAUCAAACAUGCAUGUUAUGGGAUAUUACUACGGGGUUAAAAACAUCGGUGUUCGGAGGGGAAUAUCAAUCCGGGCAUACGGCAGAUGUUUCGAGUGUGUCGAUCAAUGGGUCGAAUUCAAGAAUGUUUGUUUCGGGGUCGUGUGAUGCAACGGCACGCCUUUGGGACACACGUAUGGCGAGUCGAGCAGUGAGAACGUUUUAUGGUCAUGAGGGGGAUGUUAAUUCGGUAAAGUUCUUUCCGGAUGGAAAUAGGUUUGGAACCGGAUCAGAUGAUGGUACUUGCAGGCUAUUUGAUAUUAGAACCGGACACCAACUCCAGGUGUACCCGCCACAUCAGCAGCAGCAGCAGAAGGGUGAUAGCAACAUCGCUACUCCUAAUGUGACCUCUAUUGCUUUCUCGAUAUCGGGGCGUCUGUUAUUUGCAAGCUACUCCAAUGGUGAUGUGUUUGUAUGGGAUACACUAUUGGCAGAGGUUGUUUUAAAUCUUGGAACUCUCCAGAACUCACACGAGGCUCGUGUGAGCUGUCUCGGUUUGUCUGCUGAUGGCAGUGCCUUGUGCACUGGUAGUUGGGACACGAGUCUCAAGAUUUGGGCUUUCGGAGGGCAUAGGACUGUGAUAUGAAUAUCUCAGAACACGCUGUGGUAAGUGGUAACUAGUGACCCCGAUAUGGAUCUUUUGUUAACAAACGUUUGUUGACCUUGUGGAAUGAACAUAAACAACUAGUUGGGGUACAAUAAAUAAAUAGUAAAUAUUAUCGUCUUACAUUGAAUUAGUUGUUAUUGGUAUGUGAAAAACCCUUCAUCUAUUUAAUUUUAAUGUUACUCU